AAUGAUCGAUUAUAAUAAAGAAAACCCUUAUUUAUAGGGAAAAAAAAACUAACUCAAUACCAAGUAAAAUUCCUAUAUAUAUAGAACAUAGCUCUCACACGGCUUCUGUGAAUAACACAGAUUGGUAUUAGGGUUCUUUUCAAGAUUUGGUUUUGGGUACAUGAAUCAUGGCUAAAGCUUUAGUUCAGUCAAUAAGCAUUCCAUCUUCAGUUGCCGGUGGUGAAAGGGAUGGACAAUUCUGGAAAAAUCAAACGAGUGUUCGAAUGAACAGUUUUGUAGGACUGCGAGGGGGCAAUGCAUUACUUGUAAAAUCUGGAGAAACUCUCCAUUCAAAAGUGGUUGUGAAACGGCAACAAGGGUGUCGAAUUGUCUCAAAAGCAGAGUACGAGAUCACCACUACGAAAGUAGUAAAAGUUCUUAUGCUUGCACAAGAAGAGUCCAGACGACUAGGUCACAAUUUAAUUGGAACAGAACAAAUUCUGUUGGGUCUUAUUGGUGAGGAAACUGGUACUGCUGCUAAGGUUCUUAAAUACAUGGGAAUUAAUUUGAAAGAUGCUCGUAUCGAAGUAGAGAAGAUUAUUGGCAAGGGUAGUGGAUCCAUUGCAGUGAGAAUUCCUUAUAGUUGUCGUGCAAAGCGUGUUUUCGAACUCUCGAGAGAGGAAGCCCACCAACUAGGGCGUAAUUGCAUUGACACGGAACACUUGCUACUUGGAUUGUUGGGCGGUGGUGAAAGUGUGGCUACCCGUGUUCUUCAAAACUUGGGUGCUGACCCCAAUAACAUUUACCUACAGGUCUUUCGGAUGCGUGGUUGGCAAGAGUAAUGUAGCUGUUGGUGAUAGUGUUGGAAGUGGAACUUCUGGCCCAAGUAUCUUUUUUUUUUUUAGAUGGAAGAAGAUAAUUAGAAAUAUUCAAGGAGAUGAUUCGAAGUAUUCAAGUGUUAAUUUUGAUGUAGGGCUUAAUUUCUGUUUUAGCUGUUUACAUGAAGAAAUUCAAUAACUAUUUGUUCAUUAGUUUGCAUUUGACAUGCUUUAAUGAGUUGAGGGUCAGCCUAUACACUACCUGAUACUAUAACAUUCAAAAAGUUUUAGGGCCAUUUGGCCAUUUCA